AUGGAUCAAAUUAAAGGAAUACAAUUUAAACGAAUACUGUUAGAUUUAUAUCCAAAUGAAAUUUUAACAAAAAUAAUCGAUUAUGCUGGAAUUGAAAAUUUAAUAAAAUUAUUAACAACAUAUAAUAGACCAUUUUUAAUUGGUAAUCCUAAUAUAAGAUCUUCAAUUCAUUAUGUGAUUGAAAAUGGUAGAGCAUUACAAUAUAAUAAUAGAAUUAAUAGACCAUCAUAUAUACAUAUGUAUUUACGUGUUGAAAAUUUUAUAAAUAAAUCAAAUUUAUCAUUUUUAAAAUCAGAAAAUGAUUUUAAAAUUUUAGAUCAAUAUUGUUAUGAUAAUUAUAUAAAUGUUGAAUUAAAUUUAGCUUAUUAUAUUUGGAAUUUAAUUGAUAUAAUAAGAUUUAAAUCAAUUAUUCAAACUUUAGAUUUAACACAUGAAUAUGGUACACAUUUAAAAUAUAAUAUUGAAUUAGAAUUUCUGAAAAGUUUUCAAUAUUAUUUACAAUUUGAAGAUAUAUUAAAUGAUUUUUUAGAUGAAGGAAUUUGUAAAACUGUUGUUUCAUUAACAAUUGAUGAUUAUGGUCAAGUAUUUAAAUUAAAUUUAUUGAAUUUUCCUAAUUUAAAGAAAUUAUGGUUAAAUGAUUGUAGGAGAGCUUUGAUUAAUGGAUUAUAUGCUCUGAAAAUUGAACAACUUUAUUUAAAUACAGUUUGUGAUGAAGAUGGUAUGCCUUUUUAUAAGUUAGAUUUAUCAUUAUUACCAAAAUCAAUUCAUGAAUUACGAUUGAAGAGAAUCAAGCUUCGAAACGAUUCCGAUUUUUCUAUAGAAAAACUUUUGGUGAAUAAAUGUGAGUUUGAUGAUGAUCCUUUCAAAAAAAAAAUAUUUGAUCUUGCAAGUAAAGAAAUACAUAUCAAUAAAGAGAAAAGUCCCUACUUUCACCCUUGGGUUACAAUUCCUGGAUUUGAAAAUAGACAAUUCAUUGAAUCGUUUUCUACAAAUAUGUCAAAAUUACCUAAAACAACAGUUUUGAAUGAAUUAAAUAUAAAAGAUUUAGAUAAUCCCAAUGUUUUAUAUAAUUAUAAAUUUUCAAAUACAUUGAAAAAAGUUACUUUAUCAAAUAAUAAUAUCGAAGAUUUAUCAAUAAUUUUAAAUAAUUUAAUAUCAUUUUCAAAACUUGAAUAUUUAAAUUUAGCAGAUAAUCCAAUUGAUUGGAAUUCAAGUGAAUCAAAUUUUAAAAAAUUUAAAAAUUUAAAAUAUUUAAAAUUAUCAAAUACUCAUAUUGGUUUAAAUUUAUCUAAAAUUUUAUUUCCGAAUUCAAUUGAAGAAUUAUCUUUAGAAGUAAAUCAAAUUGAAUCAAUUGAUCAAAUUAAAUUUCCUUCAAAUUUAAUAAAUUUAGGUAUUGGAUCAAAUAAAUUAAAAGUUGUUUAUAAACCUGAUUUUCCAAGUAAUUUAAAAACUAUUCAUUUUACAGAAAAUUUAAUAACAAAAUUAGAUUUAUCAACAAAUUAUAAAGGUGAAGAUAUGAAAAUUGAAAUAUUAUAUGUAAAUUUUAAUAAAAUUAAAGAUAUAGAAGAUUUAAAAUUACCUAAUAAUAAUUAUUUAAAAGUAUUAAAUCUUGAUAGAUGUCUUUUUAAUGAAUUGAAAUUUAAAGUACCAUCAGGAAUUAAAGAAUUAAGUUUUAGUGCAUGUAAUAUAUCAAAAAUAGAUUUAAAAUUUAAUGAUGAUAAUACAAGCUUGAAAUAUUUAUGUUUAUCUCAUAAUAAAAUUACUCGUUUCCCAAAACGUAUGAAAUUACCAAAUUCAAUUAUAAAUUUAAAUUUAUCAAUAAAUGAAUUAUCAAAAAUUCCCGAUCAAAUAUCAAAUUUAGAAAAUUUAGAAUUUUUAAAUUUAGCCCAAAAUAAAUUUAAUAAAUUAAAAUAUGAUUUUAACAAAAACAUAAAUUUAGAAUCAUUAGAUUUAUCUUUCAAUAAAAUUUUAGAUUUACAAUUAAAUUUUUUAAAUAAUAAUAUUGAAUCAAAUUUAAAAAUUUUAAAUUUAAGUUGUAAUAAAUUAAAAAAUUUUAAUAUGUCAAUGAUUAGUUUAAAAACAAAUUCAAAAAGACAACAUUCAAAUUUAAUUGAAAUUGAUGUAUGUGGAAAUAAAAUGAAAAAUGAUGAGAUUUUAAAUAUACUUAGAAGUAUUCCUAUAUCAGUUCGCUUGUUAUUGUUUAAAGAAUUAAGAGAAUCUGAACUAGAUGAUAUUGAAGAUGAAAAUAUUCAAAUGUUUUUUAGACUUGAAAUGAUUCGUUCAUUGGGUUCAAUAAGUUUUAACUAUUGCUCACACAAUUAUUGUGUUGGUAAAAGGAUAGAAUUGAGUAGUAUUGCAUAA